ACUAAUUUGAAUUAAAUUUGUCACAAAUAUUACACAAUGAAAAGAGAAAGAGUAUCGUCACUGUGAGGAAGUACGAAGAAACAGAAGUGAAUCACACCUAAGAAUGCAGUAUCGGCCAAUGUUAGCUCGAAGAAUUGUAGAUUAUCUAAGAAAGGGAAGAAAAUUAAAUCACGUAUGUUUAUGUUCUCUCAGAGGAGGAAGACUAGGAAAGCAUCCAGAGGUAAAGAGAAUAUUUAUAACCAAGUCAAUACUAAUUAUGUGAGAGGAACCAUGAAGAAUACAUUGCUAUCUCCCAACCUAAUGUCAACUUUGAGUGCUUUAAAAUAAGAGGAAUAAUUCCUUAGGGCUUGUAAACAAGUUCCAUACUUUGAACAGCAGCAACUCAGCAAUAGCGCCUCCUUUCCUAAACCCACCUAUGAGAGAGCCUGUGGAGCCACCGAUUGAUAAAGAAGCUGAGGAGUCUUUUUACAGGGGUGUUAAGCAUCUUGACAGUGGAGAUCCAAAGAAGGCGCUAACUUAUUUUACCCAGAUUAUCGACAAGAACUUCACAAACAAGAAGAUGGUCUAUAUUAUGAUCUCCAUUUCCUAUAGGCGCCUUCAGAACUAUUCUGAGGCUUUAAAGAUACUUUCGAAGGCAAUUAGCAAGUAUCCCAAAUUUGCAGAAGCCUAUGCUGCUAGAGGACAGAUUUACUUGUUCUCUUAAGCAAGUGGGAGAAGGCCUUCAUCGACUUCAGAGAGGUCCUGAG